CUCUUUCGUCAUAGAAGGAACAGUGCCAGGCUCUCUCGCACCCAAGGUAUCAAGGGGAUCAUUGGAAAACAUUAUUGGAUGAAAAGGCCGUUUUCUACUCUACAUUUUUUCUGCCUUCCAAGAGUUUUCCCUAGUCCAUUAAGCAGGCAUCAUGGAAAUGGGUCAGGGAGUUCCCCCGCCGAUGACAGACCCACCACCAUACCCAGGCCCCCCUGCAGGCUUUGACAUAGGAGGCUAUGAGGGAGGCCCUCCUCCUCCUGCUGUCUACUCUGUUCAACAACCUGGAUACCAGUACUCCCAACAAAAGCCUCAGAUCGUACAGCCUGUGAAUCAGGUGUUUGUGAUGCAGCAUCUGCCAACUGAGGCUCCAGGACACAUGAUACAUGGGAAUAUGGCACUAUGUCCUAAAUGCCAAACCACUGUACUCAGUGAAGUCGAGUACAAAUAUGGUAUGCUCACGUGGCUGAUCUGUGGGAUACUUGGACUCUUCUUGUGCUGGCCUUGCUGUUUCAUCCCCUUCUGUGUGGAUGCCUGUAAGGAUGUGGAGCACUCCUGCCCCGUGUGUCACACCGUCCUGCACGUCUACAAACGCAGAUGAAACAGC